AUGGAUCCAAUAAAGUACAUAUUUGAAAAGUCUGUUGUUACUGGUAGAGUUGCCUGGUGGCAAAUGCUGCUCACCGAGUAUGAUAUACAGUAUGUGACUCAAAAAGCAAUAAAAGGGAGUAUUUUGUCUGACUAUCUAGCUCACCUGCCUGUUGAAGGCUACCAAACAUUAAAGUUUGACUUUCCAGAUGAAGACAUCAUAUUUAUCAGAGAUUUUACUAUGCCAAGCUUCGAGGUAAGACCCGAGGAAGGCCCCGAACCAGGAUCGCGAUGGACGCUCGUGUUCAAUGGUGCUUCCAAUGCUAGAGGUCAUGGUAUAGGUGUUGUUAUCACUUCUCCAACUGGUUUCCACAUCCCCCUCACCGCUAGAUUAUCUUUUGACUGCACCAACAAUAUGGCUGAAUAUGAAGCAUGCAUCUACGGUUUAGAGGCGGAAAUCGAUUUGAGAAUCAAAAUCCUCAAGGUAUUCGGUGAUUCAGCUCUGGGAAGAAAAUCAGUUAGCAGACGCUCUAGCUACGCUGGCAUCUACGUUCAAAGUCAAAUGGAAGAAUGA